GAGAGGCACUGAGCAGAGAAAAUGAGGGGGUGUUGAGGAGGAGGAGAGAGACUGAGGGAAACAACUUAAGACGGUGAAAUCUGAAGAGUAAGUAAGCACACGGUGUGAGCAGAGAGACCGGGAACACGAGAAAAAGACUUGAAAUAUCCAUCAACAUCCAACAGAGAUGGCGUCACUGGGCAAGAACCUGGCUGCACUUCUUCUUUUUCUGAAUGCAUCACCACUCCUCCACUACCACCUCCUCAUUCAUGCCGCCUCAACUUCCCGUCCCGUCACUCUUCCACGAAUCCUAAUUAUGACUGACUUGGGCUCAGAUGAUGACUAUAAAGAUGACUACCUUGACAACCACAGCUCUCCUCCUGAAGUGCUGUCCUCUGUGAAUAUUCCCCAGCUCCACCAGGAACCCAAACUCUGCCAGCACAACCCCUGCUUAGAGAAUCAGGAGCCCUGCGCCAAGCUUUUAAAGCAGACUGGGUGCCUCUGUCCUGGUAUCAGUGGGGCUGAUGAGCCUCCUCAUUCACCACGCAUUCAAGCACUGCUGCCAAUCACUAAAGGGGAUAACAGGGGGAUGGUAGAGGUGCAGUGGUGUGCUCCAUCCUCUGUGGUGACUGGGUACAGAGUGGUGUUUGAGGGAAGCCACGGUGAUGCCUUGGAGUUUGGAGGUGCUCGGCGGCGAGGUUUGGUGGGAUCUUUGGAAAUUGGGACCAAGGUGUGUGUGGAAGCGGUGAACAGUGCAGGACACAGCACCCGCUCAGAGUCCGCGUGUAAGCGGUAUGACCCUCCUGAAUCUUCUGAUCAUAACCUGUUUGCCUGGGUCAUAGGUGGAGGAGUCGCCCUCCUGCUACUCAUCAUCAUAACAUCUGUGAUCCUAUGGAAACAUAAAGUAUGUCAAAAGGGAAAGGAAGACUCCACUGAUGGACUAGGGAACCCUUCUUACAGCACAGAGGGAACUCUGUAAUACAGACUAUUGCAGCAUGGAUGAUCCAACCCAGUUACAGGCCCCUUGAGAUGGAGGGGGGCACAGCAGUGUGAUCACGAACAAAAGUCAAACAGUUCUGGGAUGGUCUUGUGAUUCAUUAGAGAAUCAAAGUUGUUUACAUUCCUGUUUCAGGAAUCGAUAUGUGAUCAGAUUGGGAGAGUGCAGCAGUGUUCAUGGAAAACCACUAACAAAUAGUUAAUUGUGUUAUAUUUGGGUUAAAACUACAGGUUUAUUUGCUGGCAAAUUAACCUCGGUAGGUUUAUUGUAGUGAAUUAAAUUGUAAAUAAUGUUUUGAGAAUACUUACUGACUGAAACUUUUGUAAUAAACUAACAAUUAUUUUAAUAAAAAAAACUGUGUAUAGAC